CUCCAACGGUCAUCUUUUUAUCUCCCCGUUCCAUUCCUUCCUUUUCUUUUCUAUAAAACACCUUUUAUCCCUUUUUCCCUGUUCAUAUUAUAUAUCUCUCUCCUUCUGUUUAUCAGCAGCAGCAGCCAUUUUCUUGAUUUGGGAAUCUUCAAUGGAGACGCCAUCUUCAACUAGAUCACACCCAUCGUUUGCCGCUUCAAGAAUUGCAGAGAGAUACGAAGACUCGGAGAAGAAAGGAGGAAACCCAAGAAACGGGCACGAACCCGAAAGAUCGGCGCUUUUUGAUAUCACGAACGAUUCGCCCAUUGUGGGGUUGGCUAUGGGGAGUCUGGAGACGCCCACGCCAAGAAAGAGAGCGGUCGAAAUCCAUUCCCAGUCGAAGCAGAUGAGCAGAGCAACCCCUGGGUCCGGGGAGACAUUGUUGAGGGGCCAAGUCAAGAACUUGUUGCAGAAGGUUGAAGAGGAAGAAGGAGAACACCUCUCUAAACUCGCUGCAAAUCGCUAUUCUCCGACCCAGCAGUUGACAUUUGAGUGCAAGAAAGACGAAGAAGAAGAAGAAGAAAAUGAAUCAGGGAUAGACAUCGGGGUUACAAGGUCUCUGUUCUUGGAUUUUUCGGAGAAAUUGGAUUCGUAUGAAUACAUGGAGAAUGGUGAUGAUGAUGAUGAUAAUGGCGGAGGAUCGGUUGAAGAACUGUGUGAAGGAAUGACGAAGAUGAGUGUGAGGGGAGGGAGGAGGGCAAAAUGGUCCGGAAAGCACACGCGGUUUGUGUACGACAGCGACGGCGAGCUAGAGGGAGUGGCGGAGGUGGUGGCAGACACGGCGGCGGAAGGAGGAGCCGCGGAGGAGAUUUAUUGCAUUUGAAGGGUUGUUUUGGCAACACAAACGGGAACGCAUCUCCGUUUCCAGGAAGAGGUCAACUGAUCCCAACCUUAUCAAGGUUGUUUUGGUCAUUUUCAUGUCAUGUUGGUUUUCAGCUAAACACCUAAUUUGCUUUUAUUUUUUGUAUAAUAUCCACUCAAAUUUUAUGACUUAAAGAAAAUGUUUGUUUUGUG